GUGACGGAUCUUGUUCCUGGUUUCGAGCCGGGUUUCGGUGGCAUACCGGACGUGGUGACAGAGUUUCUACACCAGAACGGCUUCAGAACCGUCCUCGACAUCGAUGAUGCCGGGUGGGCUCCGGUGCACUAUGCCGCAUUGGGUGGGCGAACAGACGUUAUUGAAGGACUGUUGCGGCAACGCGCAGACCCCAACAGACGGACUUCCAAGGACCAGCCGAAAGUAGGGUGUCCUGUCUCGAUGUCGGCACUCGACCUCACUAUGCUCUUCAAGCACAGCGAUGCGGCACGCCUGCUCAUAGCCGCGGGUUCUCGCAUGGAUGGCAGCAUCAUGCCCAGCAUGGCCUACGCAUCGAUAUCCAACAAUCCAGAAGGGAUCCGCAUUCUGUGUAAUGCGGGUGCUGACCCGCAUACGGAAAAUCAGAUCAAUAUCCCCAUGCUUGAUUUCUGCAGUGGCUACGGGUCGCUUGCAGCAGUGGAGGCUCUUCUCGCCCAGGCGCUUCCGGGGACACUGAAUUUGUCGCAGGCCCUCUGGGCCUCGAUGUGGUGCAGUCGUGGAGGCACGGCAGAAAUGGUCGAGCGCCUGGUCGGGCUCAGGGCAGACGUGAACCACCAGCGCAAAAUUCGAGCCGGCUCGGCACUCGACAUCCUCCAAGUAGCCAAAGCCAAGUCACUUCAGCACCAGUCCGACGACGCCACAACUUUGGCGGCUCUCUGGUACCACAUUCGCGACAUGACGCCGCUGAUGGGAGCUGUAAUAACAGCUCAGUACGAAGGUGCCGCUGCCCUCAUCGCAUGUGGUGCAAGACAGGACUUGAGAAACACAAAUGGUUGGACCGCAAAAGACUUUGCAGCAGGCCAGUCAAUUCCUCGUUUUCUGAAACUGGCAUUCCAGGGGGAUGCUUCGGAAUGUGUAAAGGUGUACAGACUGGCUCUGGUCCACACGUCUGUUGAAAUCUGUAAAGAUCUGUAUCGCGCCAUACUGCGCGUUUCUUGUCAAACUUGCGAGUCGGCACAGGCAGUCGUGCUUGUCUGA